AUGCGUCUCAUUCUAACUCGACACGGCCAGACAGAUGAUAACGUCCGAGGCAUAGUCCAAGGACAAACAGAUACCCCUCUCAAUGACCAAGGCCGCCAUCAAUCCGCUCAAUUGUCAGAAGCUCUCAAGCGGGACCAUAUCACCAAAGCAUACACAUCGCCCCUGUCUCGGGCUAGCGAGACUGCAAAGAUCGUACUGGCAUACCAUCCCGACGCUCCACUCUACCUGCAGGACGAUUUGAGAGAGCGCGGUCGGGGAAGCUUGGAAGGGCAGGUAUGGAUCCCGGGGACGAUCAUUCCGGAUGAUGCUGAGAGUUUUGACGACUUUACUCGGCGCUCAACAGACUGGUUCGCGAAACUCCUCGACGCUCACAUUCCCCACCUUCCUUUCCCUGAGGAGGCACCUCCUCUCUUACGAGACCCUUUUCCCGAAUCUCAUCAUUCGACAGAAGACGUCAUUCUCAUCAUCACGCACAGUGAAUGGCUUGAACAAUUCGCCGCAAUAACCUGCUCCUCUCUAUACUUCUUCGGACAGACCGAGAAGUGCGACAUGAAGGCUCGAAUUGUGAAUGCGAGCGUUGCGGAGGUCAAUAGUGUGUAUGAUCAUCAGGAAGGUGUUUGGAAGGGGAUGAUUGAGGGGUGGGGGGCUGUUGGACAUCUCUCCAGGAUGGGAGAGAGUGACUAG